AUGUCGUCAGCUCAGAGGUUAUCGAGGCAGCAAAAGGGGAAAUCAGUCGCGGCGGCAUCAGCUCCGGCAAGGAGUCCUGACGGAGGUUGUAUCGGGGAUCUCGAAUCGACUCAUCACGAGGCGAUGAUGGACACAGUUGAUUUGUCUCGCUCCCAGAGGCUUUUGGUCGCAGAUGCUAUGCGGCUUGCGAGAGAAGGGAGCGAGAACGUCGCCGUGAGGGAUGCGACGGAGUGUGCGAGAGACGGACAGAGCGGGGCGGUGCCCGUUGACUCGAUUACCUUGAGAGCUCGUGCAGUGGAAGACGAUCCUUCGGAAGACGACGAUUCUGAAGCCGAGUUGUUUCCGACGACCUUCUAUCCCGAAGGGAUUUUCGAGGAGCUUCCACGACUACAUCCUGACUUAUUGCGCCCUGCUUUCGUGGCUGGUCAAGAUUGGGACGGUGUGGACGAGACUAAGUCGACCCUGAGGAGCGUGAAGAGGGUUCUUCGGGCCAAUAACGCUACAGGCGUGACCUUCCUCAUUCCUACGAAGGAGCAAAGGCCUUGGUCUCCUCCGAUCGGGUACAAAACGGUAUACGAGUCCUACUUCCAGGAUGACACUCGCUGUUGGUUCCCCAUCCCGCGACUGAUCACCGCGUACGCUAGGCGGCGAGAUCUCGCAAUUAGUCAGUUACUGAACGGCUCGCUGCGACUAGCCGUCACUCUAUCAGUUCUAGCGGAGCAGAUUGACGUGCCAAUGAGCGUCAGGUCAUUCGAGGAGAUGACCUCGAUAACCGACAUGAAGGACGGAACCUACUCGGUGAAGAUGCGACCAAACUGCAAUGUGUGCGCCGGUCAUCCAAACAAAACGCAGAAUUGGCAACGUUCCUAUUUCUUCAUCAAGUCCGACGACUCGGCUUUCGAGGAGCCUCCUCGAGAGGACUAUCGGGUCGUAUGGAACCGUUCUUGUGUUGGCCAUCCCACGUCUCCAGUCUAUCCUGAGGAUUUCCUGAAGAGCGUUCGAGCCGUCGCUUUGCUUCGAAUCUACCGAGAGUGGAGAUCUGAUCUUCCGACUGUUCUUCCUAUUCGCACCAAGCGACAAGACAUCUUCUCGAAGGACAUCCAGAAGCAACCGCCCAGCUGGGACUGGCCAGCGAGGAGGGACCCUCGACGACAGUUCCUCGCGCUGGUGACAUUCCCCCUUCUGGUGCUAGAAACGCGGGGAAGGGUAAAAAAAAGGAAGAGGGGCGGCUCGGGAGUCGAGGGGAGCGCCGAGGAGGCGAGCGACGUUCCUCCUUCUGGCAAACCCCAGAAGAAGAAGAAGAAGAAGAAGAAGAAGAGGACGAAGAAGCCCGUUGACGAGCAGUCGGAGAAUCCCGAAGAACCGACUGAGAUUGAGGAGGGUGAUGUUCAAGAAGAAGAACUUCAACCAGAAGAGGAGGCUUCUGAGGCUGAAAUCUCGGGAGAACGGGACGAUGCGGCGGAAGUUGGUGAAGGGGAGGAAUCUGAAACUCCUCUUAAUGCCGCCCGUCCGGACGGUUCUGAAGAAGACAGUGGAGAGUCGCUGCUUUUGAUCAGGAGGCAUAAUGACGAGGUUGGCGAUGAGGCGCGAUCUCCUGUUCUGGCGUCUUCUCGCGAGGGAACUCCGGUUCCCAUUGGAGAAGGGGUCGCUCAGAUCGGCACUUCUUCUCGCGGCUCCGCUAUCUUGAGGAGGGUGCCCGGAGUCAACUUUCCAGACAAGGUUUCGUUUCACUACGAGGGACCUCAUCUUCGGGAGUGCGGAGAGUUCCUUCGCCAACUAAGGGGGAGGGCGAAACCUUUGCCCGCUGUGAAGGACCUCAUCUUCGGGAGUGAAUACGAGGAAGCUGCGAGGGCCAAGCUGCUGGGGGAUAGCGCGACGAACGUCAUGAUCGAUAAGUACGACACUGCCCUGAAGGGAGCUUUGGGCGAACUCGAGCUGGCUAAGAAGGAGCACGCGGAGAAAGAGGAAGCUUUUGCUCGCCAGCUGAAUGCAUCGAGGGCUGACGUCGAGAGGCUUAACGGGAUGGUUGCUCGCAUUAUUGCUCGAAGAGACGAGCUCAAAGCCGAGUUGGAGGUAUCCCGAGGAGUCGUCCGUGAGCUCGAGCGAAAGAACGCCGAACUCGAGAGCGAGAAGGUUUCGCUUGCUGCGUCUCAUGAAAGAGAGAUGAGGCACCUUAGAGAUUCCAGAAUCCUGGAAGUGAAGAGGGAAAGAGGAAGAGUUGAGGCCGAGAUGGCCGCGAAAGCUAAUCGUCGCUUCCCUAGGAUUCGCUCCCGAGAAGAGCGACGAGGUCCCUAUGAGGAGGCCCGGUUGCUUCAUAGCCAAGCCUUCGGAACCAGGAAAUGCCUUGAGGCUUUGAAGAGGGCUAGGAGCGACAGCUCGCAAGCUACUAUCAAGAUAUUCGCCGAGCAAGAGAAGAAAUACGAGGAGGAAGCCGAGAAGCUUAGGGUGGGCGAGAUACCCGGGGAAGAUCUCACACUUUCUCCUCUCGUAUUGGACUCUCAGUUUGUGGAUGCUCGAAUCUUGGCGAGUCUCGAUCCGUAUGGGUCCAACGCCGGCUUGAUCGAUCCGGAGACUGCAGCGAGUCUUCACAUUCCGCCUACUCAUCCGACUGAAGAGCGGCGCGAAGACCCGACGCCUCUUCUUGAAGGUCCUUUGGCUGAUCCAGAGAUCGUCCCGAGAUCAGACGAAGUGCAUGUUUCUCCGGCUGCUCGUGAGUCAAGCGUCAGGGCUUCAGAGCUCUCCGUCCUCAACGAUCGCGAGAGUGAUCGGGAAGCUUAG